AUGGUAAUAGAAGAUUUGUCUGCUUUGUAUAAAGGAUGCCUUGUGCAAUACUAUACAGUCAUUCGGAAUGAAAAACGAGAUAGACAGAAGAAACAACAGCAUUUUUUCCCAGUUGGUUUAGAGUCAGCUACAAGUGGGAAGCUGGGUUCAACUAAAUACCAACCAGGAACCAUUAUGAAAACAUGGCAAACUGGCAAAUCCGAAUAUGGAUUUCAGAACUCCACAGAGCCUCUGAAUGUUAUUGAUCCCAGUCUGAUGGAUCUAAAUGGUCCAAGUGAAGAUGCACUAGAAUGGGAUGAAACUGACAUAAGCAAUAAGCUGAUCAGUAUUCAUGAAGACUUAAGUGAUCCAGAUCAGGAACUCAAGAAGGAGGAUGUAAACCAGAAACCUGCUUCUGAAGAAUGUGUUGAUAACAAUGUGAAUGAAGAUGAAAAUAUCAGUGAUCGUGGAAGUCCUCUUUAUUAUCCCAACAUUACUUCCCCACCAAAUCCUCACAUCUAUCAGGUCUAUAGUCUUCAUAAUAUUGAAUUAUCAGAAAAAAAACACAUGCCCUUUUUGAAAAAAACAUCCAAACUCUCCAGUGUAACACAGUCUAACAUUCUAAACAAAAGUCUUAGUAAAGACUCAUCAUUUUCUUCUACCAAAUCCCUGCCAGACCUCAUAGGGGGGACUACAUUGGCAAAACCAUAUAACUAUAUGUAUCAGAGUGGAAACAUAAGCAGGCAUUCUGAGAGUGAGAGUGGGAUAGUGAGUGAAUGUGAUACAGAAACUACAAAUAAUUCAGAAAUUUUUUUGCUAAAUGAUAUUGAAAGUACUCAAAGUAAUCCUGAAACUGGGCAUGAAGAAACUCAAGUGGAUGAUAUAGUCAGUGUAAUAAAACAAAAAAUAAAACAAGAUGAAGAAGACCAUGCUAGUCUCUCAGAUGAUUUCCAGCUGGCACCUUCUGCACGUUGUGGACAUGAAACUGAUGAGGAUUUGGACAGCAUUACCAUGUGUAACCCUGUUUGUCUAGAAGAAUUGCAAGGAAAACCUGAUGUGUUUACAUUCUAUGAUUACUCGUAUCUUCAAGGCUCCAAAUUCAGAUUACCAGUGAUAAUGAAACAAUCACAAAUUGAAAAAACACAUACAGAGGGCAGUUUGUUUCAUGGCUUUUGUUUUGAUAAAAUACCUGGUAAAUCUGAAAAUAAUCCUAGAGAGUCACAACCAGAUGGGUUAAUUCAUGACCAUACUCUGGCAAGUAUCCCUGGAGAACCAGAUCCCAACUCCUGUAAAUCUGUAGAAACUAUAAGAAAAUUAACUGUUACAGAGAACACAAGGCAGGUUUCAACUUUGUCUCGUAGUUCUUCAUUAGAAUCUCUAUCUGUAGUAGGUGAUUUGUUCAGCUCAGGUAUUUUUAAAAGUGGAGACGGUCUUCAGCGAAGCACCUCUUUGGAGAGCUGGCUGACUUCUUACAAAAGCAAUGAAGACCUUUUUAGUCAUCAUGGCUCAGGAGACAUAAGUGCAAGCAGUGAUUCUGUUGGAGAGCUCAGUAAAAGGACAUUGGAUCUUUUGAAUCGCUUAGAGAAUAUUCAGAGUCCUUUAGAUCAAAAAAUAAAGCGCAGCAUCUCUGAUAUAACACUGCAAAGUAACUCUCAAAAAAUGUCUUUCACUGGACAGCUGUCUGUAGAUAUUGCAUCCUCAAUCAACGAAGACUCAGCAGCUUCUCUCACUGAACUCAGCAGCAGUGAGGAUCUUUCUCUUUGCUCUGAAGACAUUGUACUUCACAGAAAUAAAAUAGCAGAUUCAAAUGCAUCAUUUAGAAAACAUCUUAAUAGAUCUGUAGCUGAUGAGAGCGAUGUCAAUGUCAGCAUGAUUGUUAAUGUCUCCUGCACUUCUGCUUGUACUGAUGAUGAAGAUGACAGUGAUUUGCUUUCAAGUUCCACCCUUACCUUAACUGAGGAAGAGCUAGGUAUCAAAGAUGAAGAUGAUGACUCCAGUAUAGCAACUGAUGAGGAUAUUUAUGAAGAAUGCCAUUUAAUUUCAGGACUUGAUUAUAUAAAAAAUGAGCUUCAAACUUGGAUUAGACCAAAAUUUUCUUUGACAAGGGAGAAGAGAAAAAGUAACCUCAGUGAUGAAAUUCAGCAUAGUAAAGUUAGUAAUGAGACAUCAAAAGCCACAGAUACAUUGAACAUUGAAACACUAUUGAAUGGUUCAGUACAGAAAAUAUCAGAAAAUAAUGGCAAUAGUAAGAGUGUACCACGUGAUCGUGAAAAAGGGACAAAGAGUCACCUGAUGAAAGAUCUCUCUCAGAUUGUGAAGGAUCAGCUUGUGGAUGAUAUGGAGAAUGGCAACAUUGAAAAUACUCUUGGCAGUCAAAAGGAAGAUCUUGUUAGAACAUCAGCAGCUCCCAAAACUCAUGCAUCACUUGAUGUUAGAGAAGUUGAAAAUGAAUGUUGUAUCUGUGAAGCAUUUACAGACAGUUCAGAUGAUUCACAUAUGGAUGGCAAGGAGACUGUUCUGUCAUCAGAUGGAUCCAGAAACCCUCCAAAAGAAUGUCAAAGUUAUCUUCAGCCUGAUCAUCAUGCUGUUGCUUCCUCUCCUGCUAAGAAGCUUUGUCUUGAAUCUUCCUCAGAAAUUAAUUGUGUAGACAUACAAGAUACAGCUUUACAGACAUCCUUACCUAAUUGUCAACAACCUAGAAUAAGCAUUACUGACAAGUCUACUGAUUGCUGUACAGCCUUGAAAUCCAAUGAAGCAGAAUACGACUCCUCAGUCAAUGGUCCUGAUUUGUGCUGUAACUGUGAAUCUGCUGCUUUUGAUAAAAGAAACAUGGAAGAUGGCUCAGUGCACAAUUUUGUGAGGGAGAUAAUAGACAUGGCAUCAACAGCUUUGAAAAGUAAGUCACAACCUGAAUGUGAGUCAUCUGCUCCGGCUUCAUUAGCACAGAUCAAGGAAAAAGUGUUAGAACACUCUCAUAGACCCAUUCAGCUAAGAAAAGGGGACUUCUAUUCUUAUCUUUCACUUUCUUCUCAUGAUAGUGACUGUGGAGAAGUAAUCAAAUACAUAGAGGAAAAGAGCAGCACUCCUGUGCCACUGGACUUCACAGAUGAGAGAGAAAAUAUUGAAUGCUUUUUUGAAGCCUGUCCUGAGGAAGAACGGGUUGAGCAGCAGCAAUCCAUUUCUAAUGGUACUACUGAAGCACAAGUUGAGCAGCUGCAACAAAUUUCUAACAUUAUUUCCAAGACGUCUUCAGAGUCACUAGGUGAAGUCACUCUAGAAACAUUAGAAGAAAAUAAAACUUCAUCUGAAGGUAGGGAUUUAUCUUUCUUAUGCAACAAUGACAAUGAUAAAAACGUUCCCGGUCCUAACAAACAAAGUGCAUCAAACAAUUUGAAAAAUGCUGAUGAUGAUUUGCUGAUUUCAGAUGGGCAAACUAAAGGUUUGGAAAAGAAUUCUCCAGGGCUUAGCACUAAAAAGAGUAGUACAGGAAAAUCACCUGGAACUGAAGAGCUCAAAGGAUGUGUUGCUUCUUUGGAAGAGGCUUCAGCUAUGGAGUUUCAGUUAAAGCCUGGCCAUUCACAGAAAAAAGAUGUUUUGCAUCAGAACAAUAAAACUCUUACUUGUGAAGAAAAUCUCCUGAAUCUUCAUAAGGAAAGACAUAUAAAUAUGCACAGAUAGAAUGUAACCCUCUUCAGGCAUGUACAUUAUCCUAAAAACAGAAACUUGGCUGCAAUUCAGGUGCAGGUUCAUCCUGUAAACCCUGGGAUGACCUCCAAUUCCAUUGUAUCACUGCCUUUCAUUACACUGACUACCAAGAUAAAUUUUCUUUCCAAAUGUGAUUUGUCCAUGUUGGCUUUGUGAUCAGGCUGCAUAUGCUAGUCCUAUUUCAGUGAUCAUUUUGUAUAGUAGCAAGGCCAUUUGCUUUCAUAGGGAUUCCUCUCCCAAGCUACCUCUAAUGACCUCCCCUUCUUAAACUGGAUGCUCCUGUACUACUUAUCACUGGUUCUGUUCUUUAAAGUUUGGAAGUUCCACAGAAUUAAUGAUCAGUCUGGUUCAUCUUUUCUGAACUGUACCUGACAGUACUCUUCUAUUUUAUGUAUCAAAUUUAAUAUUUAUGUGUAUAUUGCAUAAGUUUAUUGAAACUAUUUUACUUUUAAAGCGAUGAUUUUAUUGGAUUGCAGCAAAAAGAAGUUAUUAGUCCUCCUGAUUCAAUACGUCUAAAAUUUAAGCAAUUAAAUGGCAUUUUAUUUAUUUAAUUUUUAAAUUUAAUCUAUGCAACACUUCAAGAAACAACUACAUGGUGUUGUAUAUUAGGAACUGUUGACAUUCUACUGAAUUAAGUACAACAUUUUGGUUUUUUAUGCUUCUUGAGGUGGUAAUGAGAAAAAAAGUUUUUAAAAAAUGUGUGCCUUGCUGUAUUUCUUAUACCGUAUAUUAAAAAGCUGCUUUCACAGUAAAAUUAUGUUGGUUUGAAAGGAGGAAAUAGCAAGGUUAAGAUGUGUGAAUAAUUUCUGUAUAUAUGUAUAACCAAGUGCAAACAUUGAUGUAUAAUGACAGUAUAAAAUGCUUUCAUGUUUGUGAUGUCCAGUGAUGUGGAAAAUAUAAGCCUUAAAACCAUUAGAUUGCAUGGUAAUUAGAAUUG